UCGACCCCAGCGAAAACCCUAACGAAAACUGGCAUCCCUUUUUGACAAAAGAAAUGAAGAACAGUUGUUCCUUUUGAUCAAUUAUCUCAAACUCAUGUUCAUGCUGGAUUAGCUCGGCCCACAAUCCAAUCUAUCACUGCAUCUAUACGGUUUUCAGCUCCAAUUUCAUCCCCUGAACCUGUUUUCUUCGCCUCAUCAACCAAUUGAAAAAAAUCCCUAAAAUCGCGUCAUCGAUCUGACCCUAAAACCUCGGGUUUCGUAGAUUAUUUGCUCUCGGAGAUCACAAUUUCAAAUUUUCCGAAAGGAUGAGCAGCGGGCCGAAGAAGAGGAAUUUUCAGAUUGAAGCGUUUAAGCAUAAAGUGGUGGUGGAUCCCAAGUAUGCAGAAAAGACUUGGAAGGUUUUAGAGGAUGCGAUUAGAGAGAUUUACAACCAUAACGCUAGCGGCCUUAGUUUUGAAGAAUUAUACAGAAAUGCUUACAAUAUGGUAUUACAUAAAUUUGGUGAGAGACUUUAUUCUGGACUUGUGUCUACUAUGACACUCCAUCUUCAGUCAAUGUCCGAAUCCAUAGAAGCUGCCCAAGGUGCUUCAUUCCUGGAUGAACUUAAUACCAAAUGGAACGAUCACAAUAAAGCAUUGCAAAUGAUCCGUGACAUACUAAUGUACAUGGACAGAACAUUCAUCCCAAGCACCCACAAAACCCCUGUUCAUGAGCUUGGGUUAAACCUCUGGAGGGACCAUGUAAUCCACAAUAGUAAUAUCCAGUCAAGGCUUUUAAACACCAUUCUUGAACUGAUACAGAGGGAACGCACAGGCGAAGUUAUCAACAGAGGGCUUAUGAGAAACAUUAUCAAAAUGCUAAUGGACUUGGGACCUUCAGUCUACCAAGAAGAUUUUGAGAAAUCAUUUCUUCAAGUUUCUGCUGAUUUCUAUCGAGCAGAAUCUCAGGAAUAUAUCGAAUGUUGUGAUUGUGCAGACUAUCUGAAGAAAGCUGAAAGGCGACUCAAUGAAGAAAUUGACAGGGUAUCGCAUUAUUUAGACACGAAGACUGAAACAAAGAUAACCAAUGUUGUAGAAAAGGAGAUGAUAGCCAACCACAAGCUCAGAUUAAUACACAUGGAGAACUCAGGACUGAUAAAGAUGCUUCUCGAUGAUAAAUUUGAAGACUUGGCAAGGAUGUACAACUUAUUCCAUCGGGUUUCUAUAGGUCUUUCGACAAUCAGGGAUGUAAUGACGUCUCACAUCAGAGAUACAGGCAAACAGCUUGUUACUGAUCCUGAGAAAUCAAAGAAUCCAGUGGAGUUUGUUGAGACCCUCCUUGAGAAAAGGGAUAAGUAUGAUAAAAUCAUAAGCUCGGCAUUCAGCAAUGAUAAGACCUUCCAGAAUGCCUUGAGUUCUUCAUUCGAGUAUUUCAUCAAUUUAAAUCCUCGUUCUCCUGAGUACAUAUCUUUGUUUGUAGAUGAUAAGCUCCGCAAGGGACUGAAGGGAGUGAAAGACGAUGAUGUUGAGCUUAUUCUUGAUAAGGUGAUGAUAUUAUUUCGUUACCUUCAGGAGAAAGAUGUUUUUGAGAAAUACUACAAGCAGCACUUGGCAAAGAGGCUCUUGUCUGGAAAAACAGUAUCUGAUGAUGCAGAGAGAAGUCUUAUUGUCAAACUGAAGACUGAAUGUGGUUAUCAAUUUACAUCGAAAUUGGAAGGGAUGUUUACAGAUAUGAAGACGUCUCAGGACACAAUGCAAGGGUUUUAUGCUGCAUGCGGUGCUGAGCUGGGGAAUGGCCCAACAUUAGUUGUACAGGUUUUGACUACUGGAUCUUGGCCUACUCAAUCCACCAAUACUUGCAACCUUCCAGUUGAGCUGUCAACUCUGUGCGAGAAAUUUCGAUCAUAUUACUUGGGGACUCAUACAGGUAGGAGAUUAACCUGGCAGACAAAUAUGGGAACAGCUGAUCUGAGAGCAACCUUUGGGGAAGUACAUAAGUAUGAGCUGAAUGUUUCGACUUAUCAAAUGUGUGUCCUAAUGUUGUUCAACAAUACUGAACAUCUUAGCUACAAGGAGAUUGAGCAGGCCACAGAGAUUCCCUCUUCUGAUUUGAAACGGUGCCUGCAGUCCCUAGCUUGCGUAAAAGGGAAAAAUGUGCUCCGUAAAGAGCCCAUGAGCAAGGAUAUUGGAGAGGAUGAUGUAUUUUCUGUUAAUGACAGUUUCACGAGCAAACUUCGAAAGGUUAAAAUAGGAACUGUGGUUGCACAGAAGGAAUCUGAGCCUGAGAAGCAAGAGACAAGGCAGAGGGUGGAGGAAGAUAGGAAACCCCAGAUUGAGGCUGCAAUAGUCAGAAUCAUGAAAUCGAGGAGGGUAUUGGAUCACAAUAAUAUCAUUGCCGAGGUGACAAAACAGUUGCAGUCACGGUUCCUGGCCAACCCUGGGGAGAUCAAGAAACGAAUUGAAUCGCUUAUAGAGCGAGACUUCUUGGAAAGGGAUAAUGAAGAUAGGCGAUUGUACCGGUAUCUCGCCUGAAAAAUUUGUCUACUUUGCCAUGAAAGUGCUGCUGAUUGACAGUUAAGGCAAGUUUAUUUCUGAAAGAUGCAAUUUAUAUUCUGAGUGAAACUUUUAUCUCUUCAUGCAAUGGCCACUGUUCAAUUCAAUCCUUUGUAACGUCAUUUACAUUUUUACCUGCAGUUAUGAAUUCACUCUCUCGCGUCUUUAGUUC